AAACCAUUGAGAGAACAAAUCACUGUGAAACAUGCACAGUAGAAAAUAUUAUUUCACUAAAAAGUUGGAUUGAUACUGCGAAUUAAGGAUCUACUCGCAAAAACUCGGAAUACUAUCAAAUGUCAACAAUAUUAGGAAAGCUCAUACAGUAAUUUCGAUGCUAGAUCUAUAGAAAACAUCUAACCAAGCAGCCCAUUGAACUACAUAAAAGAGUGUGGGAAAUAGACAUCAAGAUGAAUGGUCUGAUGCAUACAGAGAAUAUUGCAAAGAAGAUGAAAUCUAAGAUCAAAACUGAGCAGUUUUCAGACUUUUAUACCAUAGAGGAAGAAAUAGGAAGAGGAAAGUUUGCAGUCGUGAAACUAUGCAGUCACAGAGAUACUGGGUACAAGUUUGCCGCAAAAUUCUUGAAAAAGCGACGUCGUGGCAAAGACUGCCGGGAGGUUAUCUUACAAGAAAUUGUCAUGCUAGAAAUGGCGCUGGUUCAUCCGAGGUUGAUUGAUCUUGUUGAAGUCUAUGAGACACGUCAUGAGAUCGUCCUCAUCACAGAAUAUGCUGCUGGUGGGGAACUAUUUCAUCAGUGUGUGGUGGAGGAAUCCUUUCGAGAAAGAGAUGUGAUUAGGCUGAUGAGGCAGAUUUUAGAAGGCCUGAUAUUCCUCCACGACAGAAAUAUAGUCCACUUGGAUUUAAAGCCUCAGAAUAUUUUACUGACAAAAGAGCACCCAGAAGGUGAUAUAAAACUUUGUGAUUUCGGCUUUGCACGAUUGGUUAAUAUGGAUGAAGAUAUACGUGACAUCAUAGGCACGCCAGAUUAUGUUGCACCAGAAAUCCUGAGCUAUGAGCCUAUCAAGACUUCUACUGACAUGUGGGGUGUUGGAGUAUUAGCGUAUGUUAUGUUGACAGCCCAUUCGCCGUACGCAGGAGAUAAUAAUCAAGAGACAUUUUGUAACAUAUCCCAGAAUGCUUUAGAAUUCCCAGAGGAACUAUUUGAUAACAUAUCAGAAAAUGCACAAGAUUUCAUCAAAAAAGUCCUUGUGUUGGACCAAGAUGAACGUAUGACAGCCCGCGAUUCACUCUCUCACCCUUGGCUCCGUAAUGAAGACAUGAUCCACGUCACAAAUAUCGUCCACACACCUAUUGGUUCUCCCAUUGGUCAUAGGAGGGCACAUUCGCCACCAACGAAAGAGACAUCUAUAUGCCUGACAAAAAAGUACAAACUUGAUCAAAAUGAGGGAGAUGAUAAUGCUAAAAACAAUGUAGAUGAGAACUUAAAUAACACAAUUGAUAAAGACAAUUUAAACAUUGCUGAGUGUUUGAACGUGAACAUUAUUCAACAUAUAGAUGGCGCUAGCGUGUCGCUAGAGAGUGCAUUGAAUGACAACCAAAAAGAGAAUGCGGAUGCUAAUGUUCAAACUGUUGACAAUAUUGAGAUGAAGACUUCAUGCUCUAUGAACUCUGUGGAAUCGUGUAUUAGUAUGACAAGUGUAAAUAGUACUAACACCAGUGUAAAUGGCUCCAUGGACAGUGUAAAUGAAUCCGAAGAAGAAAAUGGACUGUGUAUGUCAACAUCCUCAGAAAAUGGACUGUGUAUCUCUACAUCUUCUGUUAUUUUGGAGCUUGUUUGCACAAAAGACACAAACAUCGAAGUUGUGUAGUAUAGCUAGUUUACUGGAUAUUGUAUCGAACUAAUUGAAGUUUUAGUGAGAAAAACAUAGAUAGGGUGAGUGAAAAAAUCUGCAAAUUGAUCCUUGCAUUUUUUGACUCACCCUGUAUGUGUAUAAACUAUGUAUACACACUGAAAGGUGAUGAUCGUUUAUUUCUUCAUAAAAUCAUCAGUUAAUGAUGUCAUGGAAAAAUAUGUGAUAACUUUGCCUUUAUUAGACUCAUCAUUGUGUGAACAGAUGAAUGAAUGAAAACCUGCCAAAAUCCCCUGCAUUUCUGUUGCUAUUUAUGCAUUUAUUAAUCAACUCCACUAAUUAAUGUGCAUGUAUAGUGUACAUGUAUAAAGUAAGGUAGUCAAAGACAAUGCGAUACACUAGUCUUUUAUCAAGUCUCUGGCCCCUGUAUCUCUCAGUUUUCUUCAAUAUAGAAUGCCUGUAUUUCAGAUAAAAGAUGGGGGGGGGGGGGUACAGGGAAUUGAUGUUAGACUUUUUUAAUGCUUAUUAGUAACUUAGUAAUACUAACUAACUUAAAAUAGGAAAACCUCAUCACCUUCAAAAAGCAUCAUUCAGUACUCAAACAGUAUAUGUUUACAUUAAUUAUUUUUUCCUGAUUUGUUUUUCAGGAAAAGUGAUUUCAUACUGAAUAAUAUGCUAUUUAGCUCAUUUAUAUAUCGUUCCUAUGAUAAGACUAAAACCCAUUUCUAAAAUUGCCAUAUUGAAGCCAUGAAUCUCACAGUCUAGUGAUCUCCCAGCCUUUCACUAACAUGGUGCAAAAUCCUAAUUUUACCUGAUCAAAGUAUCUCAAUACUUUUUGGCAGGGUGCAAAUGUUUUCAACAGGGUGGGUGUAAUUUUCAAAUUUUCAACAG